GAGUUAUUAAUCGGUUGUUAAUGAUCUGUUAUUUUCAGUGUGUCUGAGAGCACUGUCGUCCCAACCGCCGGAAGUCUGCAUGAAGCUGCGUCUCCUACAGAGGCAACGGCGUCGACGUUUUUUUUUCCUGUCUUUUUUUUUUUUUUUUUUUUUUAUUCGAGACUUUUUUUUCUCUUUUUUUAUUUUCUCUCAGCGAGAUGAGCAGGGAGUGAGGAAUGGAGGCGUAGGGAGCAAGGAUGUUUGUGUUUACUAAGCGACAAGCUAGUUAAGCAUAUGAAUAUACAGGCCUCCUUGUAGCUAGUGCAAGCCAGCGAACAAAAGGAGAAAAUUAAUGGAGAAAACAUGUUGCCUAUGUGUCAGUGGGAGGUGAUCAGGAAACAGAAGAUCAGAGAAAUAAUGGACGAUUCCCAUUUCAACUCAUCAUACUUUUGGUCUCCCGUCCCCACUGUACAAGGACAGAUCGAGAACGCCAUGUUCCUGAACAAGGCAAAGGAGCAGCUAGGUCCAGAGAAGACCAAUGCACCCUCCUUCUCUCACUCCUCUGCGUCUUCCACCUCCUCCCCCCACUACCCCACGGCUGUGCUCGCCAUACCCGGGUCAAUGGACGCAGGGGCUGGGUUGCGGGUGGUCCCCAAACAGGAAGGAGGUGGGGGUACUGCAGGAGGAGUUGGUGGUGGCAGCAGCGGCAGCGCACCUUUAAGUGUGGUCGGGGGACAACUGCACCAGUCGCACACCUCCCAGAACAUCACCGUUGUGCCUGUUCCCUCUACGGGUAUCAUGACUGCAGCGGGGUUAGUGAUCACCACCCCUCAAGGCACACUGGUCCCCACUGCCUCCACGCAGUCAUUUGUAGCUGGACCCCACACUGCCACCACCAUGAUAGUGUCUGCAUUGCACCCCUCAAAUACAGACAAGAAGGAGGACAUUGCUGUCCCUCCUGCAGUUGUCAUGCCGACGCCGUCAAAGCGAGGCAGGAAGAGCAAACAGGUGAUGGGAAGAGUGGCUGGAGUGGGUGGGGUCCUCCCUCCAGGAAGCGAUGCAUUAAUAUUGGCGCACCUUGCCGCUGGUGGACAGCACCACACUGCUGACCCAUAUGACCUGUCAAAUGAUGAGGAUGAUCAUACCAACAAAGAUGGCCCCAAGUCGUACAGGUGUCGGAUGUGUGCAGUGACGUUCUUCAGUAAGUCAGAAAUGCAGAUCCACGCCAAGUCCCACACUGAGGCCAAGCCCCACAAGUGCCCCCACUGUUCCAAGUCGUUUGCCAACUCCAGCUACCUGUCCCAGCACAUCCGCAUCCACAGCGGGGCCAAGCCCUACACCUGCACUUACUGCCAGAAAACAUUCAGGCAGCUCAGUCACCUACAACAGCACACACGAAACCACACUGAGGCCAAGCCCCACAAGUGUCCCCACUGCUCCAAGUCGUUUGCCAACUCCAGCUACCUGUCCCAGCACAUCCGCAUCCACACCGGGGCCAAGCCCUACUCCUGCUCCUACUGCCAGAAAACAUUCAGGCAGCUCAGUCACCUACAGCAGCACACACGGAUUCACACCGGUGACCGACCGUACAAGUGUAACCAUCCUGGCUGUGAAAAAUCUUUCACUCAGUUGUCCAACCUACAGUCUCACCGUCGGCAGCAUAACAAAGACAAGCCGUACAAGUGCCACAACUGUAACCGUGGUUACACAGAUGCUGCCAGCCUGGAGGUGCACCUGUCCACACACACCGUCAAACAUGCCAAGCUGUUCUCCUGUGGCCUCUGUAACCGAUCCUAUACCUCGGAGACUUAUCUAAUGAAACACAUGAGGAAGCACAACCCCGACCCACUAACAGUAGCAGCAACAGUAGCUGCUCAGCAGGCCCAGGGCCUUACGCCAGGCGGAGGGGGGGGCAGGGGCCGAGGCCGUGGCCGAGGGAGAGGAGGUGGGGGCAGAGCGGGCCAGCUCCAAAGCCAGACCAACCCUAACAACACCAACCAGAACCCUAACCCUGGACCUCCAGGCAGCUACCAGUCACACCAGCAGCCCACGGAAGCUGUGGUUCAAUGCCCGUUUGACCUGCAUCAGUACAAGACAGUGGCAGCCGGCGAGAUCCAAUACAAACCAGUCACUGUGGCGGACCUGCCAGUGGCCCACAAAGACCUCUGCCUCACCGUCUCCACAUCAGCCAUACAGGUGGAGCACAUGAACUCAUAGGCUGCGUCUUCCCACUCUGUUCGAGGAAUUACUAAUUGUGUUUGCAGUGUAAAAAGAUCCAUAUAAACAAAUAAUUUAACUGUAUUCAGUAUUAUAGUCUUCUUGAGCAAGAAAAAAUGGCUAAUAGGUUUUAUUAAAAUUUUAUCAUCUGGUUUAUUGAUACUUUACUGAAUUUGAAAAUAUAACACGACAAUAGUGGAUUUAGAUUCACUUUCUUGUGGCUUUGAGUGACCCUUGAAAAGGGUUGAUCGAGUAAUGUUCAAAGACACAAGUAAAAUUUUAUUCACCCAAUGCUUUUUCCUUCAUUUUAAGAAGCUUUAAUGCUGAGUACAACAUUAAAUUACUUGUUAUAACACAGAUAUUUUACAAUGUGCUCCUCGAUUCCUGAGCCCACUUGUGCCAAGUAUCUCUCAGUAGAAAUGCUGGUCUAGGACACUGAUAUAAGUAGUUUAUUCUUCAGCCUGGAGCCAUUUUCUUCCAGUUUGUGGAGACUUUACCAAAACCUAAUCUGAGAUCAGUUUUGGCUUUUAUAUCAUUAUGAAUGAGAUGGUGAUUAAAUCCAUGAAUUUUUCAAAAGCAUCUUUAGUGCAAUUUCACCCACAAUCAACUAUGAGUCAAUGGGCCAGUCAUCAACUUACUUGCUUUGUAAAACACACUUAAUUCACUGAUCCUAAACCAGCAGUCCUCUGAGAAUCUUGAUUAAAGAGGCUCACUGGUGUCCCUUCUCUUUUUUAUUGCAUUGUUUGCAAUCGGCAUCAUCGGAGGAUGAAGGUGUAAAAUAUCUGUAAAAUAAAAAAAAAUUACACUUUUCUCUGCACGUUUGUUGUCCAGAGAAUGGUGUAAAUUUUGAACUCAUUCAGAUCACAUUAAUGUGAACAUUCUCCAUUAUUUAGUUCAAGCCAAAACAAGGGAGAGAAACAAGACAAGGAAUCAAUGAUGAAAGACUAGGAAUUUAUAAUAGCAACUGAGUCGGCAGGGCAGUGAUACUGAUCUGAAAAAUGAGGAAGGACUAAGUAAAAAAGUUUGAAUGGCUUUUGAACUGUCAAAGUGCCGUGGACAACAGAGGCUGGAUCAGAAAGGCUGAAUUAGAGCCUGAGAAAAGACCACAAAAGCAGAGGGGCAGCCGAAAGAAAAGGAUGUGGUGUAUUAUGGGAUGAGGCUAAAACCUGGGGUCUGAAUCUCAAAGUGUUCAUUUCACAAAACAUGAUGUCCUUAUUUACACCCACCUCCCCUCAGACAGCGAGGAGUUGAGGAACCAGUUAUUUGUCGAAGCCCAAAGUAUUGAACAAAAGAGACGGACCUGAUCGAGAAUGCACUAAAUAUGAGGAAUCUGCAACAGAGCAAGAUGGAAACAUGAGAGAGAAAAGGAGUUGGUGGGGUGGGAGGGGUCACAGAGAAAGCACUUGAUGAAGCUUGUACUUCAUGCCUUUGUUUGUCAUCAUUGUACUUUUUUUUUAAUAUAUCAUAUGUAUGUAUUUUUCUACCAACAGAGGAACGUGUGAACAAACUCAGAGAGAAAGCAAAGUGAGUGCAUGAAUGUGAAGAGAACAGAGAAAAGUCCUAACAGAACGUUUUUUUCCCAUUUUUUGUUUACUAUCCUCCAAUGAGUAAAGACAGCCUAACUCAUCAUUGUCAGGACAGUUGUUGGGGAAAUAAUGAUUGUGUGAUAAAAAUGGCUGACAGGUACUGUUAUCAAUCUUUUUUUAAAGAACUUUUCAUACAUAUUAUUACUACUUUCAUUAUAACUGUAUUGCAAAUGUUAUCCACAUUAUCAAUCUGAGGCAUUAUUUUAUUGCAGUAUGCUGUACAUAAAAUAGAUAGAAAAUACUUUUUCAUCUGUAAAAGGGAAGUAUGUCCUGUGUAAAGCAUAUAUGGAAACUAAAGGAACUCAAAUUAACAAGUACCAAAUCAUUGGCCAUGUCCCAGGUCACCUUUUGUGCUGAUGGACCAUAACAUCCAUGCUCAGCAAAGUCUGCAAAAGAAUGAUAAAUUCCAGGCCUAAGAAGUUUGGGAAUUGCCCAAAAAGUUGGUUAAACUAUGGGAAAUAUUUUUUCUCUUUCUGUAAUGUUUGAGUACGCAACAUUUCCUGCAGUUUGAACCACACUCACCCAUUGCACUCAGUGAUAUCCAUUCUAAUUAUGAUGUAAUCUGAAAUGGUUUGGCCAACUGUAUGUUUAAUUUGUAGGAAUCAUUAACUGUGACUUUUAUUAGGCCUAUUGUAAGGCGUGGCCGGGCAAGCCGGUGUGUCUGAAAGAGUUAUCCAUGUACCCUGACCGCAGGGGGAUCAUGCAUAUGGAAAAUAUAACGGAGUGGAGAGAUGGUCUUAUCACUCAGACGAUAUUCAUUCUUAUUAUGAUGUAACCUGAAAUGGUUUGGCCAAGUUAACUGUAUGUUUAAUUUGUAGGAAUCAUUAACAGGGACUGUUACUAGGCUUAUUAGGCAAGAUUGUUGUGGCACUCUGCAAAAGUGAACUACUUCAACCUGAAAACCAAUUUUUAACAUUGAUCCCACCCAUGAGAAUUCCUUCAUGAACACUUUUACAAAUGAUCUGAGAGUACAUCUUAAUGAUUCAACAUUAAAUGAGGCUGUGAUGUAGGUGACCUGGGACACUGGUGCCAUGUUUUUGUGCACAAGCUAUCGCUACCCAAUCAAAAUGUUCAAGCAGCCUGUACAACUGGCUGAUUGUCUUCAUGUAUACUCUUCCUUGUAUUUCAUUGUGUCUUUUUAUGAAAAAUAACACAUUCUCAAUAUUCUUGUUAAUAUUAUUACUGAUGCUCCUGAUAAUAAUACAGUUAUUAACUGCCCUCUUAUGCUACACUCUUGCAUACUGUAUGCACAGUUACACCUCUUGCUCAUCUGAACACUGUUUCUUCCCUUAAGGAGAAUAAAGUUCGAAAACAGUUUAUGAUGAAAA